CCGUGGGUGCAGCGCGGGAGGGGGGAAGAAGUGGGAAUUCCAACCUGUGGGAUUUUAGGGGGGGUCCCGAGGACAGCUCCUUCCAAUUUUCUGUGAACGGUGCAAGGGGCGGGGUGUUCCGCGGCUCGGAGAGGGUGGUGGCGGGGUUCUCGGGACGAGGGGGUUACUGUCAGUGCGAGUGGGGUACGAGACUUCCAAACUUAGAAUCUUGAGGCCCUCGGGGCUCGGGCCGCCAUGCGCGACCGGACCCACGAGCUGAGACAGGGGGAGAACAGCUCGGAUGAUGAGGACAGGGAGCGCGUCGCGCUGGUGCAGCCGGGCACGGCCAGGCUGGGCAGCCCGGACGAGGAGUUCUUCCAGAAGGUCCAGACAAUUCGGCAGACUAUGGCCAAGCUGGAGAAUAAAGUCCGGGAGUUGGAGAAGCAGCAGGUCACCAUCCUCGCCACGCCCCUUCCCGAGGAGAGCAUGAAGCAAGACCUGCAGAACCUGCGCGAGGAGAUCAAACAGCUGGGGAGGGAGAUCCGCACACAGCUGAAGGCCAUAGAGCCCCAGAAGGAGGAAGCUGAUGAGAAUUACAACUCAGUCAACACGAGAAUGAGAAAAACCCAGCACGGAGUCCUGUCCCAGCAAUUUGUGGAACUCAUCAACAAGUGCAACUCAACACAGUCCGAAUACCGCGAGAAGAACGUGGAGCGCAUCCGGAGACAGCUGAAGAUCACCAAUGCUGGAAUGGUGUCAGACGAGGAGCUGGAACAGAUGUUGGACAGUGGGCAGAGCGAGGUGUUUGUGUCUAAUAUAUUGAAAGACACCCAAGUGACCCGACAGGCCUUAAACGAGAUCUCAGCCCGGCACAGUGAGAUCCAGCAUCUGGAACGCAGCAUCCGGGAGCUUCAUGAGAUCUUCACUUUCCUGGCUACUGAGGUGGAGAUGCAGGGGGAGAUGAUCAACCGGAUUGAGAAGAACAUCCUGAGCUCAGCAGACUAUGUAGAACGUGGACAGGAACACGUCAAAGUAGCCCUGGAGAACCAGAAGAAAGCGAGAAAGAAAAAAGUGAUGAUUAUCAUCUGUGUGUCCAUCACUGUCCUCAUUCUGGCGAUCAUCAUUGCCAUCACCACAGUAGUGGGAUAAUGACACAUGUUCUUGGCACUGGGGAUCCCAGGGACCCAGGGACCCAGGGCCUGGCCUUCUCUCCCAGCAAUGGUGGGGGCAGAGCAGAGCCUCCAGCUGGACUGACCUCACACUGGCCCCCUGUACAGAGGGGCUGAUGGUUCUUUGGGGGUUGGUAGCUGCUCAUUCAUGGGGGAGGGGUCCCCUCUCCAACCUGUGUGGCGUUUGGGGAGGACAGUGCCUUCGGUGUCCUGUUUGGCUGCAACACAUGAUUUUUAUAAGAAAAAUAAAAAAGUAAAGAAAAAAGCUUGGA